AACAACUAGACGAUGUAGUUCUGUGUCAUGCGACUAUGCGUGCGUCCCUCACUUAGUAUAAAACGCAAGCCCUCCCUCCUCUCAGUUAUUCAGUCACUAAAUUCCGUGCUGGCUGAACGUCCAGUUGUGCUCGUGCCCGGAUUUUGUCUUAAAAAAACACAAUGACCAUCGACCUGUACUACGUGCCGGGCUCCGCGCCGUGCAGGACCGUGCUGCUGGCUGCGCGUGCGCUCAACAUCAACCUCAACCUGAAGCUGGUAGACCUGCACCACGGCGAGCACUUGAAACCUGAAUAUUUGAAGCUGAACCCUCAACACACAGUCCCAACUUUAGUCGACGACGGCUUCGCCCUGUGGGAGUCCCGCGCCAUCAUCACCUAUCUGGCCAACAAGUAUGGCAAGGGCUCCGCCCUGUACCCUGAGGACCCCAAGGGUCGAGCCAUGGUGGACCAGAGACUGUACUUCGAUAUCGGCACCCUGUACCAGAGAUUCGCUGAUUAUUUCUACCCACAAGUGUUCGGCGGCGCGCCGGCUGAUAAGGAAAAGUUGGCUAAGAUCGAGGAUGCUCUGAAGCUGUUGGACACAUUCCUGGACGGCCAGAAGUACGUCGCCGGGCCCACCCUGACCCUCGCCGACCUCAGCCUGGUCGCCUCGGUGUCCAGCUUCGAAGCCUCCGAUGUCGACUUCAAGAAAUACUCCAACGUCAAGAGAUGGUAUGAGACAGUGAAGUCGACAGCCCCAGGAUACCAAGAGGCCAACGAGAAAGGCUUGGAGGCUUUCAAGGGCCUGGUCAACAGCAUGAUGAAGAAGUAACAUCACCUACCAUUGUCGCAAGAGGGGGUGCAAUUAGCAACUCAAGUUUUUCACUACAAAAUCUGUAGGCGAUUAAUAGCAGGAGCGAUAAACGCUCACUUAGUACGGCCCAGGACUUUGUUCCAAUUUCAAAAAUAUGAAGUCGUAUUUCCAAUCUCACCUUUGUUCUCACACUGAUUUUCAAAUUCUAAUUUCUGUUACUGUUUUAUUAUAAGUUAGAUGUAAGUCACAACACAAUAAAAUUAUUUAAAAUGUU